AAGAAGAAGAUGUGGCCCAAACCUCCCCACAUGAUCAGACGGUUGCACUGAAGAUUCCAGUUCUAACGUUAUAUCGCCAUCCUCUCGUCCGAAUCCGUUAAAAAGCGCGAUGUCAACGCAGUUCAAGAGCGGUCCCGCUUUCGGACUGUCCGCGGAAAUCAAGAGUAAGCUGGCCCACAAAUAUGACCCAAAUAAGGAGGAGGAGCUAAGAUUGUGGAUCAGCGAGGUCACAGGCCGCAAACUUCCCGAGAACUUCAUGGAGGGGCUGAAAGACGGAGUGAUCCUCUGCGAGCUUAUCAACACUCUUCAGCCCGGUUCUGUUAAAAAGAUCAACAACUCUCCUCAAAACUGGCAUCAGCUGGAAAAUAUUGGUAAUUUCGUCCGAGCCAUUCAAGAAUAUGGAAUGAGGCCAGAUGAUAUAUUUGAGGCCAACGACCUGUUUGAGAACGUCAACCACACUCAGGUCCAGUGCACGCUUAUUACACUGGCUGGGAUGGCUAAAUCUAAAGGCUUCUAUUCGAAAUACGAUGUUGGAGUGAAAUACGCAGAGAAACAACAACGCAAAUUUGCUCCUGGGAAACUAAGGGAGGGACGCAACGUUAUUGGUCUGCAGAUGGGCACCAAUAAGUUUGCCAGUCAAAAGGGCAUGACGUCUUAUGGCACACGGCGUCACCUCUAUGACCCCAAGAAUGGUAUGGAGAAUCCUCUGGACCAAUCAACAAUCAGCCUGCAGAUGGGCACCAACAAAGGAGCUAGUCAGGCCGGCAUGACGGCCCCCGGCACCAAGCGGCAGAUCUUCGAUAAGAAGCUGGAUAUGGAGAUGUGCGACACCUCUAUCGUCUCGCUGCAGAUGGGCACCAAUAAAAUGGCGUCCCAGACCGGCAUGACGGUGUACGGUCUGCCCCGUCAGGUGUACGACAGCAAGUACUGCUCCAGCCCUGAUGACUUCAUCAACAACGGCCAGGACUCAGAGAUGGAUGGGUAUCAGGAUUCUGACUAGGAUGAACAGACAGCUGCCAGCACGCUGCUUUUUAGACAUUCACCUGCACUUUUUUUGAUAUUCCAAAUUGAUGUUGACCAGUAGGACCAGCUUGAACUGUUUCCUGACAUCACAGCCACCGAUCAAAGCUGAGAACCUCAGUGACUGACCGCACGUAGCAAACAAACUCAGAAAGAAUUCAUUUCCUUUUCUUUUCUUUAUAAACAGGCUUUUCCUGCUUCUCACUUUGUAGCUUUAAUAUUAUACAUUUUUCAGUUUUAUUUUAUUGUUAUUUUGAGUGUGCAAUUCUCCCAUCUCCUGCACUGCCAAAUUUUCUCACAUGAACAAAAAAUAAUGCAGAUGAUAAAUAUGGAUGAAUUAUUAAUGAUACUCUACUGGUCAGAAGUUUAGAAUAAUUUGGAUUUCUUAAUGUUUAUUAAAAGCAGUCUCUUUUGCUCAACAAGGCUGCAUUUAUUUGAUUAAAAAUACAGUAAAACAAUGAAAUAUUAUUCAAUUUAAAAUAACUAUUUUCUAUUUGAAUAUAGUGUAAAAUGAAAUGUAUUCUUGAGAUGCGCAGCUGAAUUUUCAGCGUCAUUCCUCCAGUCUUCAAGUGUCACUUAAACCUUCAGAAAUCAGUUUAAUAUGUGGAUUUGCUGCUCCAUUAUUAUCAGUUAUUGGUGCUCAGUUGUUAAUAAUUGUUCAUAUUUUUACCAUGUUUUUGCUGCUUAAUAUUUUUGUGGAAACUGUGAUAGUUAUUUGAAAUAGAAAUCUUUUGUACAUUAUAAAUGUCUUUACUGUCGCCUUUGAUCUGUUCAAUGGAUCCUUUCUGAAAACAAAGUUUUAUUUCUUUAAAACAGCAAAAACAUUGUUUCUUGAGCAGCAGAUCAGAAUAUCAGAAUGAUUCCUGAAGAUCAUGUGACACUGAAGACUGGAGUAAAUAUAUUCAAGUGAAAAAAACAAUUAUUUUAAAUGAUAAUAUUUCACAAAAUUGCUGUUUUCCUAUAUUUCCGGUCAAAUGAAUGCAUUCAAAAAAUGUUAAAUGAUAUCUUAAUUAUUCCAAACUUCUGCCCCAUCGUGUAAUUGGAGUGGAUUUGGUCUGCAUAUUUUAAUAGGUUCCAUGAUGGGUUUUUUUUUUUUAUUGGAUGAAGAGGAAAUCCAACCAAAGACGCCCCACUACUGCCAAUGUCCUGAAGAUACUCAGAUGAACUUAACCAAACUACUGCAUCUUUGAGAUUGUCUUGUUGUUUUUUUUUAGGUUUUGUCACUCAACUAUAAGCUUCACAAAGUUUAAUAAUGUCCAGUUUGCAUAAUUGUUUGAAAAGGUGUUGACCCUGCUCCAACACACCUGCUUGUAGUUUUCAAGCAAUUCCACCGGUGAUGAUUAGCUGCUUCAGAUGUGUUAAACAGAGCUGCAGGAACCCUUGCCCUAAACGCUGAUUCACUGACAGGAGCAAGUCCUCAUGUCCUGCUCGGGUAAACACAGUAAGCGUCUUCAUUUAUCAUAACAUAUGCAUGCAUGUGGAGUCACUACUAAGCCCAGAGGUUUUAAAAUCUCAAGGUUUCGGAGACGUCUUUUGUAGUACUGAAUAGUAUUUCAUCAAGCUACAGAUUGCUCACAAAGCAGACUGUCAUUCCCAAAGACUAUCUAGAAAUGAUUCUGUAAACUUGCAUAUAUGCUAGCAUCACUGCUUUUAGCCUGACUAACCUGAUACUCAGUUAUCAUCGUGACCGAUUAUAGCACAAGCAAGACCUGCUCAUGAUUUAGGAUGGUUGGGAGUCUACAUAUAAAAUAAGUUUUAAUGUGCAGAGUUAAUAUAUAUAUAUCCAUUUUAAACUAAAUAGUUUUGACAUUACUAGUUUCCACCCUCAUGUAAUUCAGUUAUUGAACUUCUUACAGAUUUUUAGGUUUCAUUUAUAUAUAAUUGUGUGUUAAGGAAUGUGAUUAUUUUGCAUCACCGCUGCAUAAAUCAGUGAAUCUCUUUUGUUGAUGUAAGUGUGUCCCUCUUGCAUUAAUGCUUCUGAUGUUUUUUUUAUUUAUGAGGCUUACCAAAAAUGGCUGAGCAAGUGAAAAUAAUAAAUCACUAUUUUCAAAUUA